ACGGUGGCAAGCCCAUUGAACAGCGCGACCUCAUGCUGGGCCGCCUCUCCCCUGCGCAAGUCAUGAUGCUCCCGCGACGUGGAAGGUAGGUCUGUCAGGUAUAUAACCCGCAGCAAAUCCACCUCUCAAUACAACAUCAUCACCAUCGCUCUCCAUCGCAUCCACUUACUACAACAACCACCACCACCACCACCACCAACCAACCAACUCUUCAUCACCACCAAGAUGCAGCUCAUCACUCUCGCUCUCCUCGCCUCCACGGCCACUGCCACCGCCGUCAACCAGGCCUUCACCGUCCGCGCCUCGGAACCCAACGCCCAGGCCAUCAACAACGCCCCCAUCACGGCCGUCAAGUCCAACCUCUACCUGAACAAGGCCCAGGACGCCUCCUGCGACGAGACCUCCUCUGCCGCCACCUUCUACAUCAACGAGGACGGCGCGCUCGAGCUGUACAGGCGCAGCGCCACUCCCCAGUGGGCCUACGUCACCCAGGACAAGGGUGCCAUCGGCUACACCACGGGCGCCCAGCCCGCGCCCCAGAAGGCGCUCCGCAACGGCUGGGCCGUCGUCGACGGCGCGCUGCAGUUCAACGAGCAGCCCCUCCGCGCCUGCCCCACGACCGUCGACGGCGAGUACGCCAUCUGGGUCGGCAACCCCACCGUCGCCAACGAGGAGGGCUGCUUCGCCUUCACGGCCAACGUCGUCGAGAUGCCCAACCCCGUCUCUUGCGAGUACUCUCAGUAAAUGCUUGCGCGCUCUUAGAGUAGCACCAGCAGCAUGGGACAAACAAAGGCGUUGGAUCAAUGUGAUGUGUAUCGGACGGAGUUAUUGUAAAUAAACACUACUACUUGUAAUCACCAUGGAAUAUGAAUAACUCAUGAUAUUUAAACAUCU